CAAAAUUAAAGACCUAUCUUAUUCUGAUACAUUUAAUGUUGAUGUGUUAGUCUUGUGUUUGUUAUUGAUAUCUAUCUUAUAAGCAAAUUUAUUAUACUAUAUUAACAUUUCACAUCACACAUGUUAUUAUUAUAUAUAAAAAAUAUGUGUUGAUGUUCCAAAGGCUUUCUUUCUCGUAAAGCUGUUGUAUUGUAUUGUGUCAUAUUCUUAUCUUCUUCCCUGAUUGAAACUUUUGUUCUUUUCUCUGCAUGUGUUUGUUUCUGUGUUCUCUUAUGAUGCUUUUCUUUUCAACUUUCCAAUUGCAUAACCAGUUAUCAAAGUCACAACUCAUACCUACCUUUUUUCUCAUAAUUGUGUGAUUUUUGAAGUUUGUUGAUCAUUGAAAUAGUUGCCACAGUACAAUGGAAGCAUUGAAUCAGAAAUCUAUUGAGAGAGUGGUUUCUCAAAGAGCACUACAAAUGGGAAGUUCAUUUUCUUGUCAAAUUUGUGUGGUUGGAUUUCUCUCUGGAGUUUGCUUAACUUCUCUGUUCCUAGCUGCUUUAACUUCUUUUGGUACCUUUCACUUUGGCCCCGUUUUGUUUUCAUCUAUGUCAAUGGAUCAUAAUUCUACGUCUCACAACAAUAUCAACAUGGUUACAGGAGCCAACUGCAAUGUUAAGCAUAAGGAAACUAAGAGAUUGUUGGAUUUGAAGAGCACUGUUGAGAGAGACAACGAUGAAAGAAUCUCGUCGCUUUAUUCAGUUUGGAGUGCAGUGUUGAAUAAAUCUACAAAUGAGGACAAUUGGGACUUAUGGUCUAGUUUGCCUAAAGCUCCACAUUUGGAAAACUGCAAGUUGAAAACACAACUAUAUCACGAUUUUGACGAGCGUGUAGGAAAUGAGAGGUUUCCGUUAUGGACAAGUUGGAAGGGGUUUUUGCAGACUUUGCCCGUUGUUCCAAAUGAGCACAUACAAAAUCCAAAGCAUGAUGUGGCCGUAUCUGAAGGGGCCUAUCCGCCGUGGAUUGUAGGAUCUGAUGAAGAUAACUAUCCCUUGACUAGAAAAGUGCAGCGCGACAUAUGGAUCCAUCAACACCCUUUAAACUGUAACGACCCGAAUGUGAAGUUCCUUGUUGCUGAUUGGGAAAGAUUGCCUGGUUUUGGAAUUGGAGCUCAGAUCGCUUCAAUGAGUGGACUUCUUGGUAUUGCGAUCAACGAAGGAAGAGUCCUAGUUACCAACCAUUACAACAGAGCCGAUCACGAUGGUUGCAAAGGGUCUUCCAGGUCUAGUUGGAGUUGUUACUUCUUUCUGGAAACAUCCCUUGAAUGCCGUCAGCGUGCAUUUGAAGUUAUGAAAAGUGAAGGGGCGCGGAGCAAAGGAGUUGUGACCACAAAAGAAAAUUAUACGUCAAAGCAUAUAUGGACAGGACCAACUCCUAGGAAGUGGGGACUUCCAUGGAUUUAUUUGCAACCUACAACUUCUAUAAAUGGGAGUUUGUUGAUUUCUCAUAGAAAAAUGGAUAGAAGGUGGUGGAGAGCACAGGCUGUACGCUACUUAAUGAGGUUUCCAACUGAAUACACAUGCAAUUUAAUGAAUAAGGCCCGUCACGCCGCAUUCGGAAAAUUAGCCGCAAAAAUGACUCUUCAAAGUCUGGCUGCAGACUGGUCCAAGGUGGAAAGCAAUGACAGACCAAGGUCUGAAAUUGAUGAAUAUGUAUGGUCGAAUCACAAGCCUUGGGUCCCUAGGCCUCUUCUAAGCAUGCAUGUAAGGAUGGGAGACAAAGCAGGCGAAAUGAAGGUUGUUGAAUUUGAAGAAUAUAUGCAGCUUGCUGAUCAGAUUCGGAGUCACUUUCCAAAUCUUAAUAGCAUUUGGCUUUCUACUGAGAUGCAGCAAGUGAUUGUCAAAACCAAAGAAUAUUCACAUUGGAACUUUUACUAUACAAAGGUAAGACGACAAGCUAGGGCUAAUAUGUCAAUGGCGGAUUAUGAAGCCAGCCUGGGAAGAGAGACCAGCACUAAUUAUCCACUAGUUAAUUUCUUAAUGGCUGCUGAUUCAGAUUUUUUUGUUGGGGCAUUGGGUUCUACUUGGUCCUUCCUUAUAGAUGGAAUGAGAAAUACCGGGGGUAAAGUAAUGGCUGGAUACUUGAGUGUCAACAAGGAUAGAUUUUGGUAAUGUCUUGUAUAGUUGAUCAUUUGUAAAUAUGACAAUAAUAUGAUUGAUUAUUUGUUCCACCCUUUAA